UCCGCAUCUUCGCUUUGAUCAUUACUCAACCAACAUGGAGGACCCAUCAGGCUGGUCGCUGACCGAAUCAGACCCACAGGUCUUUAGCGAGUUGCUGCGCAACCUCGGCGUGCAGGGACUGCAGGUGGAUGACCUGUACUCGCUCGACGCGGACACGCUCGAGCGCCUCAAGCCCAUCCACGCGCUCAUCUUCCUGUUCAAGUGGGUCGGGCAGGGCGGCAGCGAUGACGCCGCAGGGCUGGAGAUCGAUCCGGCCGAGGCCGGGGUGUGGUUCGCCAACCAGGUGAUCAACAACUCGUGUGGGACGAUCGCGGCGCUCAACGCCGUCAUGAACAUCCCCGAGCAGGAGGCUGGGGCGGAGAGCAUCGGUAUUGGCGCGGAGCUCAAGAAUCUGCGCGAGUUCGGCGCCGGCAUGUCGAGCAUGGACCUGGGACACGUCGUCGCGAGCUCCGACACGAUCCGCGAAGUGCACAACAGCUUCAGCAAGACGUCUCCGUUCGCGCUGGACGCCUCGGCGGACGAGCGCGAGAAGGAGGACGCAUACCAUUUCGUCACGUACCUUCCCAAACACGGGGUGCUGUACGAGCUGGACGGGCUGCGCUCGGCGCCGCUGAUGCACGCGGCGUGCGACGACGACUGGCUGACUGCGGCACGCGAGACGAUCGAGGCGCGCAUCGCGACGUAUCCCCCCGGCUCGGUCAUGUUCAACUUGCUUGCGGUGCGGUCGGCCGCGAUCCCGCGGCUUGAGCGCGAGCUCGCGGCCGCCAGCGGCGAGAUGGAGCGCCUCCGCAUCACGGAGAUGCUGGCGCAGGAGCGCGCCAAGGCUCAGGAGGGCGCGGUCGAGAACGCGCUUAGGAGGCACAACAUGCUCCCCCUUGUGCUGGGGCUGUUUGAGGCACUGAAUGCCAGCAGCAUUAAAGCUGAGGUCAUUGAUGCCGCGCGCGAGAAGGCCAAGGCGCGCAAGGCGCAGGCUGCGGCGCGGGGCCAGAAGGAGUAGAGAGAGGGAGCGGAUGCGAGGACAUGAAGUAGUGUCGCUAUGUCAUAAAGGUCUUUGUAUCU